AUGUCUGACGCUGUUGCAUCUGCUGCUUCUCCUACUUCUGCCCCAAAGAAGGCUAAGACCACAAAGCCCAAGGGUGAGAAAAAACCCAAGGCUAUGCCAACUCAUCCCGCGUACAGCGCAAUGAUCAAGGCUGCCAUUAAGGAUCUUAAGGAUCGUAAGGGAGCCUCAAAACAAGCUAUUCAAAAAUUCAUUAUACAGAAGUACAAGGUUGGAGAUAACGACAAGCAGAUCAGUGCUCAUCUCCGCAUGGCUUUGAAGAAAGGAGUCAUUGGCGGUUCAUUCAAGCAGGCAUCCGGAACCGGUGCUGCUGGACGAUUCCGCCUGGCUGAUAAGGCUGAGGCUCCAGCUAAGCCGAAAGUUGCCAAGAAGCCCAAAGCUGAGGGAGCUGCUAAGCCCAAGAAAACCGCCGCUAAGCCGAAAAAGGCUGCUGGCGAUAAGCCAAAGAAGGCCAAGACUGGCCCCAAGACGCCCAAAUCUCCGAAGAAGGCCGCUGCUGCUAAGCCGAAAAAACCCAAAACGCCCAAA